AUGGAAGCCCUUGGUGCUUUCGCCAGUGUUGUCACCAUCGUAGGGUUAAUACGACCGACUACCAAGUUCGUCAGAUCCCUCCGAGGAAUCACCUCCAACGACGGCCAUGUCGCCAAAGAGAUUGAAAGAAUGGCGAGCUCAAUCCAGGCAUCGGCUACCAGCAUAGACGUUUCUUUGAAAGCGCUUAAAGGUCACGCAUCAACGCUUGAGAAAAUGCAGCGAGCACCGUCAGAAGUCCUACAGUACAUUAUCGACAACAAGUCCAUAGACAUUAUCGUUUCUGGUACAGAAUCCAUCAGAAAGCAAAUGAGGGAUACAUCACGCGACCUUGACGAUACGAAUAAUCGAUCCGAAAUCUUGAGAAAGAUUAACUGGCUUUUGCUGGACAAAAUGGAAGUUGAAUCAUUAUUUCCCGAAAUGCAGGUCGUCGCGUCUUGUCUCAACCUCGUUUGUCCAAUCAUCGGACUGGAGAUAAAUCGAUACCUACUCAAUAAAUCCUCUGGCGAGGUGGCGGAGUGCCUGAAGCAGGAGAUAAAAUCCCUGAGGGGCCAAUUAAAACUAGUCGAGAAACAGUAUCAAAGUGUAAUGAAGGAGCUGUGGUCAAGUAUAAAUGGAGAGUCAGACUUUGAAGCUGCGACGAAAUCACUUUUCUACUUGUCACAGAGUGUACGACGAACUAGUUCGACACCCCAACCUGACAGAGCACCUGCUGAUCGAAGGUCACCUGUCCCAGAAGAAACAUAUCUGAGCCUGGCCCCCUCUAAUACUCCACAGCCGUCCCCAGGAUCAAGGCGUCAGAAGCCUCAUAGUGUUCCAGUGCCUCGCGAAGCCCCAUCGGAGGUAACACGGCAUACCUCCAGUAGCCCUGAGUCUUCUCGACCUCACUCAGCCGUUCCAUCAUCAUCGCCAAAGACCUCAGACACGCCUCCGACUCCGCAAAGCCCUGAUGCGCCCAAGUCACUCAGAAUAGACACCUCGACACGUGCGGGUGGUUCACGCGGGGGAAUCGUCCGGACCAUUCAAGGGCAUAUAAUCAACCACGGGAAAGAAAUUCCAGUGAAAAACGCCACAAUUGAUCAACAUGGCUCCUUUAAUUACAUUUCAGUCAAAACAGCGAAUCAGCUUGACCUUGAUAUCCAGGAGCUGGAUCCUGAUGAACCUAGUCACACGCAUAGCGGUUCACACGAAAUGAUACUGCCUGGGAAGGUGAUUGGCAAGGUUACAGGUGUAGGAUGGAGAAGAGCAGGCCGGGCAAAGAUUAUCCCCGUUGAGUUUCUGGUCAAAGAUUCCUACUGUGGUAGGAUGCGAGAACAUGUCGCGUUUGGGAUGAUAUUUGCCGGCGACCUUGACACGGCUGGGAGAGGCAGUUGA